GAUGGACAGCCGCUACACCAGCACCGCGGGCAUCGGGGACUUGAACCAGCUGAGCGCGGCCAUCCCGGCGACGCGGGUGGAGGUGUCCGUCUCCUGCAGAAAUCUUCUUGACAGAGACACAUUUUCUAAAUCUGAUCCAAUUACUUCCUCCGCUGAAGUCACGCUCCUCGAAGUCAUCCGUGAGGAUUGGAGUCAACUUCUUCCAAACUCCUGUUAAUGUUGAUAUUUUGCCCUUGCCCCAUGAAUCAAAGAAGUUCUUAAUGGCAUCUAGACGGUGAAUCCUUUUCAGGAGGAUUUCCAUUUGUUUCACCCAGAUACAACAGAGGAAUCGCUCUCUAUGGCAGCUAUAGCCUUAUGAACUAUAUUUCUUAAAUAAUAAGACCUGAAAGUUGAAAUUACCCCUUAAUAUGUGGGCUGAAGAAUGGCUGUUGUGUUAGCAGGCAUGAAAACAACAACAACCUCAUCGUAUCUCUCCAGCAGAGCUCUUGGAUGACCACGUGUAGUGUGGAUGAGCAGUAAUAUUUUGAAAGGAAUCUUUUCUUGUCUGAGCAUUUGUGUCUUAUAUAUACAAGGAGUUGGAAAUAAAGAAUGGAGAGAGUUUGGAAGGACUGAAGUAAUUGAUAAUACACUCAACCCGGAUUUUGUAAGAAAAUUUAUUCUGGACUACUUUUUUGAAGAAAGAGAGAAUCUUCGUUUUGACUUGUACGAUGUUGAUUCAAAGAGCCCCAACUUGUCCAAACAUGACUUUCUGGGACAGGUGUUUUGUACAUUGGGGGAGAUUGUUGGUUCACAGGGAAGUCGCCUGGAAAAGCCAAUAGUAGGAAUUCCAGGGAAGAAAUGUGGCACUAUCAUACUUACAGCAGAGGAACUAAACUGUUGCAGGGAUGCUGUUCUGAUGCAAUUUUGUGCUAACAAGUUGGACAAGAAGGACUUCUUUGGAAAAUCAGAUCCUUUCCUUGUGUUUUACCGAAGUAAUGAAGAUGGCAGUUUUACAAUUUGCCAUAAAACAGAAGUUGUCAAAAAUACUCUGAAUCCUGUAUGGCAAGCAUUCAAGAUCUCAGUCCGAGCAUUAUGUAAUGGCGAUUAUGACAGAACAAUCAAAGUACAGGUGUAUGACUGGGAUCGAGAUGGGAGUCAUGAUUUCAUUGGAGAGUUUACAACGAGCUACAGGGAACUUUCUCGAGGGCAGUCACAAUUCAAUGUGUAUGAGGUGGUGAAUCCCAAAAAGAAAGUAAAAAAGAAAAAAUACAUUAAUUCGGGAACAGUAACCUUACUCUCUUUCUUGGUAGAAACAGAAGUUUCAUUCCUUGACUAUAUUAAAGGAGGAACGCAAAUCAAUUUCACGGUGGCUAUUGAUUUUACAGCAUCAAAUGGCAACCCUGCCCAGCCCACUUCUCUCCACUACAUGAAUCCUUACCAACUGAAUGCCUAUGGGAUGGCGCUGAAAGCAGUGGGAGAAAUCGUUCAAGAUUAUGACAGUGAUAAAAUGUUCCCAGCUCUAGGUUUUGGUGCAAAACUGCCUCCAGAUGGAAGAAUAUCUCAUGAGUUUGCUUUGAAUGGGAACCCUCAAAACCCCUAUUGUGAUGGCAUUGAGGGCGUCAUGGAGGCUUAUUAUAGGAGUCUGAAAUCUGUGCAGCUGUAUGGGCCAACCAACUUUGCUCCUGUCAUUAACCACGUAGCAAGAUAUGCUUCUUCUGUAAAGGAUGGCUCCCAGUAUUUUGUGCUCCUGAUUGUGACAGACGGUGUUAUCUCAGAUAUGGCUCAAACGAAGGAGUCUAUAGUUAACGCUUCAAAACUUCCAAUGUCAAUAAUUAUAGUUGGUGUUGGACCAGCAGAAUUUGAUGCAAUGAUUGAGUUGGAUGGAGAUGAUGUAAGAGUUUCCUCCAGAGGAAAAUAUGCCGAAAGGGACAUUGUGCAGUUUGUGCCUUUCAGGGAUUAUAUCGACAGAAGCGGAAACCACAUACUGAGCAUGGCUAGACUGGCUAAGGAUGUCCUAGCUGAGAUCCCUGAGCAGUUUCUCUCUUACAUGAGGGCCCGAGGAAUCAAGCCAUCGCCGGCGCCUCCCCCGUACACCCCACCUACACACGUGUUACAGACUCAGAUAUGACUGUGCUCGAAACGUUCAUGUUAACUACAUGUCAGUUGGAACUGCUGAGUCAGGCUUGGUCCUGGUGCUCUGUAAGGAACCAGGGAAUGGAACCGUUCUCCGCUUGGCUUCAGCAGUCCUGGUUAAUAGGCUUUCUGGGAUCCAAACUUAUUCUCUUCCUAAACCAAAACUGUAAAUAUGGUUGUUGCAUGAGCAACAGAAACAUUGUUUGAAUGCAAAAUAUGGAUGUCUUCUCUGAAUCUUUACCUUUUUUUUUUUUUUUUUUUUUUGGACAGAAACAGCUAAUUUCCAAUGUGUUGUUGGGAAAAAGCACAAACUCUGUUUUUAACUCAAAUAUUGUCCUCGACUGCUGUGUGUAUUGGGAAGCAGUCUCUCUGUAUCAAUGUUUACAUGUUCCUACUUUUUAAAUUUCAAUACUUUUAUAACUGUUCUUAAGAAUAAGAGUUUUGAAUAAUGAAUCCUUUGUCUUCUAAAUUGCAAUAGCUAUAAUUACAAGAGCAAUAUCUCUUUGGAUGACUGUCUGGACAAAUACAGUCGCAAACAAAGGAAAGGGAAGAUACUUUCAUAUUUCUUCCGUGAGUGAGUUGUUUUAUGAAGCUGCAUCUGCUCAGUAGUCAGUUCCUCUGCAUUGGCCAAGGAUGGGAGUUCAGCUUAGCAGGUGUGUAUCCUAUAAGAACAUGCAUUUUCCAUGGAGUUUGGGUUCUAAAUUUAGACUGCAGUCAGUUUAUGUUUUGUGCUGCUAAAUAGACAUUUUUAAAAAGUCAAAACGUUGUGAACUGUAAAUGCACAGAAAAUACUGUGUGUUUGUGUAAAAAGUAGCAUCUUUAUAUUAUAAUGCUAUCUAGAAAGACUAAAACCCAAAAUAUUUAACUGUGAACCAUGUAGCAGAAGUUUUAAAACUUUUUAUUCCACUAUAUCUUGUCUAGAUAUUUUAAUUCAAAGGGAUACUGUCUCUCUUUCUGGUUUCCUAUCACCUUUCCACGUUGCCACACAGGGUGCACAAGCUGGAAGUUCUUUUGUGAAAUUCCCAGUGAAAUAUACACAACCAUGUGACUUAGUGCACAACACAUUUGUGAAAUAACCUACUCCUAUAUACGAAUCUGCCUGUCCACAAUUAAUUGUGAAGAGUUUUUGCACGUACAGUUUUUACAAGAAUUACAGUUUUGUGAUGUUGUGUCCAAAUUAAAGCAUUUCUUUAGAACAAAUGGCCUUAAAUUCUCACAGAAUUCCUGGAAAUGAUUGUGAAUUGCCUUCAAAUAAUAGAAAAGUGUAUUUAUUUAUUUUUUUCUUUUGUGUCAACAAUGUAACUGCUUUAUAACAUUUUUCCUUACUUAUAUAUUUACUACUUGGUUUAUUUUUACUGUAUGUUGUUCUCUUUGUCCCAAGUUGACUUAGGGUGACUUUUAUAAGCAUGAAACUAUUUUACUGAAAAGAAAAAUAUAUACAUCCACAUAUCUAACAGUAUCAAUAUUAUAUAAUUAUGUAAUAUUAAAGUGUCCAUUUUUAAGUAUGUAUUAAAAUCUUUAAAAGGAUAACUAUUUGCUCUGUAAAUUUUAUUCAUAAUGACAUGGAGUCUGAUGACUUCCUUCACUGAGCUUACAUAUUUAUGCCAGUAUAGUUUAUUAACCUACAUAUUUUUUAUGUAUCUUCAUCAGUCCAAAAUAACAAAAAUAAAUGAAAUCAAUAUUAUUUUUUUCUUUC